AGAACACAUUCUUUAUGGUCUGAGCGAUCCAUUUCCGAGAGAUUAUUGGUUGAUGUAAAAGGAUUGUGCUGUCACAGCUGUCACACCGUCACACCCGAGGCCUCGGCCCUCGGCCGGCCCGGCGUCCGACCACUGUGCUCGACCUUGGAAGCCGAGCGUCUUCAACCCCUCCAAAAAGCUUUUCAGAGGGGCUCGUUCAAACUCACGCAGCGAACCCCUCCACUCUACUACCAGACCCUUCCCAUCCACAUCACUUCUAUCCAUCAAGCUGUCUCAUUCAUUCACCCAUUCAGCUUUAUCACUCGCAUGUUUGUUUAUCGUACAUGACUGCAAGCAUCCCUACGAAAGAUACUCUGAUUGUUGUGGCUGUCUUCUUCUCAUAAAGAAGAAGAAAGGCAAUACGAUUGUGAAGACGGAUUCGGAUUCGACCAUACAUACCAUAGCAACCAUGGCGUGCUCUAAUACGAGUUCCUCAGCUGCUGCUGCAGCAGCCAACAGAGAGACGGAUCCCUUGGCUCCUUUGGAGUGGUCGAUGGAUGGGAAUUCCUCUUCGGAAGACGUCUCUUUGGCUCUGUUGAACGAAGUGGAGUUGGAGCAAGACGAUGAUGGAGCUGCGCGCUCUUGCUCUCCGUACACGAACACUACUACUAACGGGAGCUCUAACGGGUCUCUGGCAGAAGGAAACAACAAGCGUAAGAGAGACGAAGAGAGAAACACCCAACCUCAAGAACAGCACUAUCGAAGCGUUCAAGUCUUGGAUCAUCACAAUAGCAACAGCAGUCAGACUUGCGCUGCUCCACCGGUCGAUCCAUCAUCACUGUGGAUGACAGCAGACGAACGUCCUCGUGUCUCUCGUCGUCGCAAGAAGAAACCAAAAGGUUUGCCCAAGCGUCCCAUGAAUGCCUACGCGAUUUUCUAUCAUCAAGAACGGUUGAGGAUGGUGCAGUCCUUGACGGUGGGCAGCAUCUCGGAAGAUGACAUUCAGCGUCAAGUCGGAGAUCUUUGGCGUGAUUUGCCACAAGACGAAAUCCAAAAGUUUGAGAAAAUGGCAGAAGACGACAAGGUACGCUAUCACGAAGAAAUGGCGGCGUACCACAAUAAUGCGAACAAUAAUAGCAACAACGACAGUAAGGAGCCCCUCAAGGCAAACAACCUGCAAAAGGACAUGCGCAAGGACCUGGAAGACGAUCGAGCGGGUCACUUGACCUAUGAUUUCCCACCUCCUCCUCCCGGUGUCAUGGUGAUUCCUGGUGGACGUGGUGGUCCCAGUGGUGGUGGAAGUGGUCGAGAGUCUGUGGCAUCCAAUGCAUCUGCAAGAAGAGACAGCAGCAGUCCAAAUUCCCCCGUUCCUCCUCCCAUUGCAUCUCGAUGGAACCACUACCAACCACCUCCACCUGCCAUGCCACAAGUUCUUCCUCCUCAAGCAUACCUUCGUCCACCUUCUGUCGCCAGUGUAGUACACUCUCCGUCUCGAGGAGUGGGACGAAUGGUACAACAGCCGCCGCACGGAGGACACUAUCAUCAGGAACAACAAUACUAUCAUCCACCACACCCGAUGCCACCCGCAUCGUGGGGACCACCCAGUCCCUACUCUCCUCGAUCGGCGGUUCGCCACUUGGCACCACCUCCUCUUCCAUCCAUUCCUUCUUCCAACAGCAGUGGUCGAGCGUAUUCACCACAUAUAUCACUAGCACCUGCUGCUGCCUACGGUCCUCCAACUGCCUACUCGAUUCCACCGGGAAUGGAAAUGGCUUUGCCCACACGCACGGGAGGAGAACAAAAGUACAAGGUCACCUACCGAUGCUACACUAUGCGCAAGGAAGAUUUGCCCAGCUUUAUGGAGAGUCUCAAUGCAUCGAAUAAUAAUACGAAUACAGCAGCAUCGUCGCGACCUGCUCCGGUGCAACGAUCGGAAUCAUUGCCACCCCGACCUGCGUCGGCCUAUUCGUCCCAUCAUUCACACGCUCCUCCUCCGACGAUGCCUCAUCCACAGCCAUUGAUCCAUCAUCACCCUUCUUGGUAGACCAACCACAACAAAACACGAAUUGAAUUGGAUGCAUUUUCUUCCCAUCAAUCAAUCAAUCAUUGCAUGAACAGACUGCGCGUUGCAUUCUCUCUAUUCAUUCAUUCCAUUCGGCAAACUACACACACACACACACAUGUUGUACAAUACAUGCAAAAAUCUACACCAGGGCAUCGCAAAUGGAGGCAUCAUCAUGGGCACGCCCACUUGAUUGUAUUACUGAACGGGUUUCAUUUUUUUUACUACUUUUUUUUACGUUGUUACGAUUGUGUGUCUUUUACUACUACUAACUAAUUCAUGAAAACCUAUUUGCUAGAUUUGAUGAUUUUACAUGAAAUAGAUCUGGACUAAAGUACAGU